UAGGAAAAGACGGCUCGCCACUCAUGGGAAAUUAGUUUGUAUACGAAGUAGUGCCUAAGCAAAUCUACAUUGUCGCUGGCAGUCGGCGGCGGUUGAUCCCCCUGGCCGCCCUGGUUUCUUAGAAAUUACUACUGCUAGAAAUUAAGAGAGCGGUCUUCUCCCCCAGGGCUCCGGAGUACAGAAUCCGUCUCUGGCUAUUGGAGUAGAUUCUGGUUGGUUGGUUGAUCUAUAAAGCAUUCAGCUGACAUAGAUAUGGCUGACAGGCAAUCAGUUGAUCAACAGCAGCAUGCACUUGAUUCACAGUCUCCUCCUGCAUCUAAGGACGACAUGAUUGCCUGUGUCACAGCCUUAGAGGCUGCUUUGCUUCCAUGCCUGCCUGCCAGAGAACUCCAAGCAAUAGAUCGUUCUCCUCAUCCUUCUCAUCAGAUUGAUGUGGAGCGGCAUGCCAGAGAUUUUAUGGAGGCUGCAAAGAACCUCCAGCUUCAUUUUAUAAGCUUGCAACGGGAAGAUCAGCCUUCCAAAGCUGAAACCCUUCGAAAGGAGAUUGCUACGAUGGAAGAAGAGUUAAAGUUGAAGAAUGAACUUAUCGAUCGGCAAGAGAGGCUGAUUCAUGAUUGGAGGAAAGGGUUGAAGGAUCAACUAGAAAAGCACAACAGUGAGUUAGAAAGAGUGUAGAGAACAUGCUGAAUACUAGAUUAAAUUUGGCAUCUGAGUUUAUACUGAAUCAGAAGAUGCCAUUUUGUUAUAAUCAUAGCUAGUUUGCCUGUAUUGAACUGUGUAACUGAGGACAGUAUUUUUUUGGGUUAUCAAAGUCAGAUAUCUGUUGACAAAAGAAACGGAAAAAGACUGAUGAUCUUGCUGAAUCCAAUUACACCAGCAUCAGCCUUUGUAUGGC